AUGGAUGGAGUUUCUCUGGCGGAGUCAUUGCUGUACAGGGAUAUCGAAGAGGCACAGAGAUCAAUUAGAAGCGAAUGUGGUAUGGAAAUCACAAGCAGACCGUCACAAAAGCAAUUGCACAGUGACCAUGAUGAUCAAAAUCAAUUCACCUCACUAAUCAAGAACUUUACACUGCAACCAGUUCAUUGCAAAGAAUUAUGGAAUGAAAACAAUAAGCAUCCAAGUAAUAAGUGUAUACGUCGAUUUCAAAAGUUUCAAGAUCAACUUGAAAAGUAUUUAAAAGAAGGCAUAAAAAUUGAAUCCAUCUUGGUAAAUAAUCUUGACAAAAGUUCACACUGUAACAUGAAAGAAAGUCAUUUUCAGUGUUGUCAAGACUUUACAAAUGUACAAACUUGUAUUAAUUCUUUAUACUCUACAACACUUUAUGUGAUACAACUUUUAAAAAGUAUACAAGAUGUUUAUUCAAUUCAAAUUCCUGUUUAUAUAUAUUCAACAAUUCAACGUCCUUUAAAUUUGAUUCGAGCUUUUCAAAAUGAUGAAGGAAAUUUGUUAAAAAUGAAUUUCACUGACGACGUUAUUUCAUGCUUAUAUGAAAAGCUUACAGAACAAGUAAGAACAGCUCGAACAGCUUUAUGGUCAGCUUACCAGUUAUUUAGUUGUUGUGAAAUACAGGAUAUUACAAAUCAAUUAAUGAAUCGUAUGAUUGAUUCUGUCUCAAAGCAUCUACUACGGCCAGUGGAGAUAAAUGAGAUGGCAAGAAGUGAAUUAUCACAAUUCCAGAAUAAAUUAUUAUCCGAGAUUGAUCAGUUUUCUAGUAAAAUAUCAAAGAAUACAAUUGACUCUGUGCAUAAAGCAUAUUCUACAGCAGUGAAUGAUACUAAAUGGCCUAUGUAUCCACCAAGCAGUAGGAAUACAAAUUCAUGUAGUCAACCGAUAAUUUGGUCAGGUACAUCUCUCCCGUUUUAUCAACGUUCAAUAAUUCAAAGCAAUGCUUAUAAUCAAGAAAAAAUAAUAAACAAUUCAAAUGAAAGACUGAGAAAUUUAAUUAGUAAUCAGCGUAUAGGUGGACAAGUGUACGCGAAUUCCACGCUUAUGCUUUCUCAAUCUAUCCCUCGGUCAAUACAACCAACUUUACUGAUUACACCAUCAUUAAUUUCUGGUAGUAAUAAUAAUUCAUCUCGUUAUCCUUGUCAUCCACCGAAUUCACAGCUUCAUCAUCAUCACCUUCAGCAACAGCAACCUCAGCCCCAGCCGCAGCAACCACAUCAGCAUCCUUACCUUCAGCAUCAGCCUACCUCUGUUGAAUCAUGCAAUAAUCAUGAUAUAUUAUUGUCUACUGGUUUUUAUAAAAACUGUAUGUAAAGAAAGGAUGUUGUUCAUCAAUGGUUUCAAGAUCAUAUUUAUUAUUAUGUGAAAUAAGUGAGA